CCAGUGAGCGAAUCUUAUCAGGAAAAAAAAAAACUCAAUCAAAAUUAUCCGAUCUGAUCGAUGGCGGAGACAUUCAAGAUCCGGCGACUUGAGAUCUCCGAUAAGAGAAAAGGAUUCAUAGAGCUUCUAGGUCAACUCAGCGUCACCGGAUCAGUGACUGACGAAGAAUUCGAUAGGCGAUUCGAAGAAAUCAGUUCGUACGGAGACGACCACGUGAUCUGCGUGAUCGAAGAUGAGGCGUUGGGGAGAAUCGCAGCUACGGGAAGCGUUGUGAUAGAGAAGAAGUUUCUGAGAAACUGCGGUAAAGCUGGACACAUCGAGGACGUUGUUGUGGACUCGAGGUUUCGCGGGAAACAGCUGGGCAAGAAAGUGGUGGAGUUUCUCAUGGAUCAUUGCAAAUCGAUGGGUUGCUACAAGGUGAUUCUUGAUUGUAGUGUGGAUAACAAAGCCUUCUAUGAGAAAUGUGGGUUGAGCAAUAAAGCUAUUCAGAUGUCUAAGUACUUUACUUGAAAGUUUCAUGUUUCUUUUUUUUUUGUCUUGUAGAAGAAUCUUGAGGUUUGUUCAGUUUUACUUAUCUAUGGUUCUGAUUCUGCACAAUCUACAAAGCUUCUCACA